AUGCCUACAGCCCUCAAAGCCACCAGCGUCGGCUGGCUGCUGAUCUCCGUCGGACACGUGCGACAGCUCGGCGCCAAAGAAUGGCAAUCUUCCCCGCAAUUCCGCGCCUUGCCGGCUAACGCCGACACCUGUGCCCGGGUCGGCUGGUACCAGGGGAGCGCCUUUUUCCUGGUGAACGCAUUGCUCAACUACAACUGGUCCCAAGCUCCAGAGCAGCUCAAAAACCCAAUCAACAAGAUCGCUGCUGUCAUCAUGGCCGCUUCCAUGCUGGGGAGCUCAGUGGGGUACUUCAAGGGUGGCGUCAGCAAGAAUGGAGCUGUUGUCGCCAUUAUGGGGCUCUUGCAGGCUUAUGCUGCUUUGAGGGAUGCUCAGCAACCUUUCCGAAGGGCGCAAUCUAUCAAUAAUGGUCCAACUGCGUUAUUAGCAGCGUACCUCGGUGAUGCUGCCGCUGCAGUCGAGCAUCAUGGUAUUGAUAUUUAUGUUUUCAGGCUCGCUAUCGGUGGUAUUUCUUAUAUUAGAGCUCGUCCCAAGCACUGUGACCGGCCGGAUGCACUGAGAGCAAGAAAUUUAUGA